AUGGCCCGGAAGAUCUUCGUGGGCUCGCUUCCGAAUCAAGUUACUGAAGAGCUGCUAAGAGCAGAGUUCGACCGAUUUGGUGACAUUGAUGAGAUCUUCAUCAAGGAGGGCUGCCCUUUGGGCAAGCAGUGGGCUUUCGUCACAUUCGCUUCGCCAGAUGCUGCUUCUGCAGCGAAGGAGGCCACUGAUCGACUGCUAAAACUGCCAGGCGCAGAGCGUGCGUGCGACGUGAUGCUGGCAAAAAAUCAAGGCAACCCCGCAGCCGUCGAGGUAAGCCCUGCAGCUCCGAGGAAGAUCUUUGUGGGGUCUCUUCCAGAUGGGAUCCAGGAGCAGGAGUUGAGAAUCGAAUUCUCAAAGUAUGGCUCCAUAGAGGACCUCUUCAUCAAGCCUGGGUGUGAACCGGGCCGCCAGUGGGCGUUUGUGACCUUUGAUUCACCCAGCGACGCCGCGCAAGCCCAGGAGGCUACUAAUGGCAAGCUACACAUGGAGGGAUCCAGCCGACCAUGUGAGGCCGGGCUGAGCAUGCGCGGUUUAGGGAGGUAUAGGAGCCUGAAGUGGAGUCGUUGUCAGGUCACGCUGGCGCGGAACCAGGCCAGAACGUCGUGGGUUUUAGCAAUAUCUUUUCACGCAUAA